AUGCAGAGCUCUUUCCCAAGGGAACAUUAUGUGAAAACACAACAGAAUAAAAGGUGUAAAAUAACUGGACUUACUAGAGGUCCAGAUCAGGGCCAGGACCAGAAUGAGGCGAGUGAACAUGACUUUGCUUUUGGAACAGGUGCUGAUGUCUACUUCAGACACUGUGUGACCCAGAUCAACCUGCGAAAUGACAAGUGGGAAGUCUCCAAGGAAACAGGUCCCCCCGAGCUGUUUGACAUUGUUGUCCUCACAAUGCCAGUUCCUCAGAUUCUGCAGCUUCAAGGUGACGUCGCAAACUUAAUUAGCAAAUGCCAAAGGCAGCAACUGGAGUCUGUGAGCUACUCCUCUCGCUAUGCUCUGGGCCUCUUUUAUGAAACUGGCACGAAGAUUGAUGUCCCUUGGGCUGGGCAGUACAUCACCAGUAAUCCCUGCAUACGCUUCAUCUCCAUUGAUAAUAGGAAACGCAAUAUAGAGUCAUCCGAAAUCGGGCCUUCCCUUGUGGUUCACACCACUGUCCCGUUUGGAGUCACCCACUUGGAGCACAGCACCGAGGAUGUGCAGGAGCUAAUCUUCCAGAAUCUGGAAGGCAUCUUGCCAGGCCUGCCUCGACCAGUUGCGACCAAAUGCCAGAAAUGGAGACAUUCUCAGGUAAGCAGAGAAUCCGCGGGUGAGGACAUAAUUUUCUUCAUCAGAAUUGACUGAGUCAGCAGAACGGACUCCUUUUUCUCAUCUCUUCCACUCUGUAGUUCAAGAAAUGAACGAUGUGAUCUCUGGAGCAAAUAUUUGUUUGCCUCAUGUGUAACCGUAAACUUCUACAGGUCUUACUAGCCCGUUAUUUCUCGAUGAGAGCUGCGUACAAUUUUCCCCAAAAUCUAGCAUCUCGAGACUUACACACCCAAAAGCUGGGGUUUCCUAUGCAGGCAAGGCCGGUUAUAUAUCAUAAUACAGCUGUUUCUCUGGGGUUUUUCUAAAUCAGGACUGUGGUUAUAUAGAAACCACUUUAACCUCCCCAAUUUUUUGCAAUAUGUCAAAUUAACCUUGUAAGUGUAUUUUGCUACCACAAUUUUCAUUUUUAUUAAGUUCCCACUUUGGUUUUGACUGCCGCCAGCAAAGCUCCUUGGGGGACAAAAGUGAAUACCUGUAUAAUUCAGCUACUUGAGUUGUUUUUCUGGGUUAGAUAAACCUGCUGAUCGCUCGGCUAGCUCAGACUUCAGGCUCCUUGCACUAAGUAAAUGUUGACUUUUCUGAAAAUCUCUGCAUAUUCCAACAGAAGUUUGCAAGUAUUUGUAGAAGAAGUCUUUUGAUCUGUAAACUCAGUUGUAAAGCCGUUUGGGGACAGUUGCGGCAAAGGGCAGAAGAGAAAAGCAGCAGUGACUAUUUUACCCCAAGAUCUCCGAGCCCGUGGACUAACCGAUUUAUCAGCGCUGCUGGUUACCCAACUUGGGAAACCUUUAGGAAAAAAUGGUAUUGUGAGAAAUUGCAGCAGAUUUUGUAUAUUUUACAUGCAGGGCUUUCCAAAAAUCAGAGGAAAUGGUAAAUUACUUUCUAAAAUACUGCAGCAUGCCUGUGUGUUUACCUGUGUCUUCUCAAGUUCAAUUAUACAGGGAACUUUGGGGAAAAUAUUUACUUAAACGUAUCAUGGUCACUUUAGAAGACUUUACUUUUUCCUUUUAAAAGCAUUGAAAAAAAUCUCAAUAGCUAAUGUCUUUAUGUGCUACUAACUCAAUUUUAGGUUGGUUUGAAAAAGAAGACAGGGAAAUCAUCUUGUUACUGUAAUUUGAAGCUAGAUGUAUUACACGGCAAGUCCUUUUGCAAUUUAUAAAUAUUCCUUUAAAAGGAACAAUAGUUUGUGAGUUUCUUCUUGUGACUUCCGCAAAAUAAUUUAAUAAGCUGGAAAGAUGGGUUAAAAUCAACUUAUUUCUUCAAACUUAAAAUGUGUUAAUAGAAAUAGAUUUGCCCCAACCACAAAAUGACCUAUUCAAAGUUUGUGCAAUAUCACAAAAUUUAAUAAAAAAUAUUUG